GCUCCCUGAGGCAGGUUCGCCUGGUUGUUUGUGGUGGGAUUGGCGUGUGGAGUUGUCAAUCCGGACCCCUCCCCAGCGCGGUGCAGCUCCGGCAGAUGAUUGAGGAGUAUUGCUCUGGGGUGUGACCGUGCCCUGGCUUCCAGUUUCUGGGUUGUUACGGUGGAGGGAACUUGCAGCGAUGAGAAGAGCCGGAGGCUGUGGGAGUGAUGUUCAGUGGUGUUUUACUCAGGUGAAAGGUACCACAGACCUUGAUGUUUCCGAAGCUGAUAUAAUUUCUACCGUAGAGUUCAAUCACACUGGGGAAUUGUUGGCUACUGGGGACAAGGGAGGUCGAGUUGUUAUAUUUCAGAGAGAGCAAGAGACAAAAAACCAGCCUCACCACCAAGGUGAGUACAAUGUUUACAGCACCUUCCAGAGCCAUGAGCCUGAGUUCGAUUACCUAAAAAGCCUGGAAAUUGAAGAAAAGAUUAACAAGAUCCGGUGGCUGCCACAACAGAAUGCAGCCCACUUCCUACUGUCUACAAAUGAUAAAACGAUUAAAUUAUGGAAGGUCAGUGAAAGGGAUAAGAGGCCAGAAGGUUAUAACCUCAAAGAUGAAGAAGGUAGAAUGAAGGAUCUAUCCACAGUUACAGUGCUGCAGGUGCCAGUGCUGAAACCCAUGGAUUUGAUGGUGGAGGUGACUCCACGGAAGAUCUUUGCUAAUGCUCACACCUACCAUAUCAACUCCAUUUCCGUCAACAGUGACUGUGAGACAUAUAUGUCAGCUGACGACCUCAGGAUUAACCUCUGGCAUUUAGGAAUAACAGACAGGAGUUUCAAUAUUGUAGAUAUUAAGCCUGUAGACAUGGAAGAGUUAACAGAAGUGAUCACAGCUGCCGAAUUCCACCCCCACCAUUGUAACCUAUUGGUUUACAGCAGCAGCAAAGGAACAUUGCGACUCUGUGACAUGAGGGCAGCGGCUCUAUGUGACAAACAUGCCAAAUUGUUUGAGGAGCCAGAAGAUCCCAGUAACAGAUUCUUCUUCUCAGAGAUAACCUCUUCAGUGUCUGAUGUGAAGUUCAGUCACAGUGGCCGGUACAUGAUGACACGAGAUUACCUCACUGUCAAAGUCUGGGAUCUGAACAUGGAAACCAAGCCUAUAGAAACCUAUCAGAUUCACGAUUACCUCCGGAGUAAGCUAUGCUCUCUUUACGAGAAUGACUGCAUCUUUGACAAAUUUGAAUGUGCAUGGAAUGGCUCAGACAGUGUUAUUAUGACCGGGGCCUACAAUAAUUUCUUCAGGAUGUUUGACCGCAACACAAAACGAGAUGUCACACUGGAAGCUUCCCGGGAGAACAGCAAGCCACGAGCAGUGCUCAAGCCACGCAAAGUCUGCACAGGAGGCAAGAGGCGAAAGGAUGAAAUUAGUGUUGACAGUUUAGACUUUAACAAGAAGAUCCUGCACAUGGCUUGGCAUCCAACAGAGAACAUAAUAGCUGUAGCAGCGACAAACAAUCUCUACAUAUUUCAGGAUAAAGUGAACUCAGAGAUGCACUAGAUUUAUAAAGACCUUGGUGUAAUUAUAAACCGGCCUUUUUUCUGACCUUUCUGCCAAUGAUCUUCACAAGGUUGUAUUCAUCUUUAGUGGAAUUGUGGAGUGUGGUUUCUCGUUAGUGCAUAUCACUUGUCAGUAAGAAUUGUUUUUUGUCAGUCACCGGGGGUGAGCUCAGCACUGCAGAAUGGAAACACAGAAGGGCACAUGUGGCAACCAUCAACACAGUUUCACCUCUUCUCCAGUCGGUCACUUUUUAAAAAUGUUUCAGGCAUCAUAGAACUUUUACUGCUGGCUUGAAACUUUGCACCGAGGAUCUCUGAAUUUGUACACAAAGACACAAAUAGAACAGUUAACUUGAGAUCUGACUACCUAUUCAUUCCUGAUUCAUUUCCCAUCUUUAUGGUGGAUUCAGUUGGCCUUGCGUCAGUAAAUAGCUUCAACAGGCACCUGAAAGGUAAAAAGCUACUGUCUUUGUUUGCUGUGUCAGCCUGCCCAAACUGCAAUUUUAAUGUACUGCUAAUCAAAUGUAUGCAAUGCUUUUUUUCAAAUUGGAUCACCCUGUUAUUAGACAACUCAAGUGGGUUCAGCUGUUCUUCUGUUGCCACUGCCUUGGCCUGGGAAAAUGUCCCACUUUCCUUUCACGAUUUUUAAGAAUUGUUGGAAGCUAAAUGAGUCGGAGCUUACAUAAAGCAGUGGCAAAAAUACUUAACAACUGCAAUCAAGUUUGAUGCAAUUGAUAGUAAAUUGGCAAUUUGACAUACAUACCGCCAACAAUUGUCGCAGUGCAGAGUAGCGAACUCUUCUGAAAUUAGGAUGAAAGUGCAUAUUCUGUAUGAUGUUGUAAGCCUAUCAUUGAGUCUAAGCAAUUUUGCACCUCCCCUGAAACCUUUUGACGUGGUUACUAGCUGCAAAGUGGGGAAGAUGGUUCAUAGCCCAGCACUGCCACUGUAAACAAACAGCAAGGUUAUGCAACUUUUUUUUUUCAAAGAAUAUCUUCCAAAUUUUAAAAAAAGCCUGUCAUUAGAAAUUCUUCAACAUUGAUAAAAGAGAAUGUCCAACCCAGUUUGAUAUCAGCGUGCCAAAUAGAGCCAUAGAACGGAAAAUUGCACAAAUUAAGGAAAAGGUGGAUUCUUUUAUAACCAUUUAUGGUGAUGCAUUGUUCCUGGCCUGUUGCAAAAUUUGAGCUAGCCUUUAACAAUUUACUUGGAAUGUACAGCAUAAUGUUUACAAAGUGUAAAAAUAUAUCACAUCAUUAAU